CUCGUGAUUGAUGCUACCUAGGGUACCUAUGCAGGUACUUACAUCUCUAUGUGCUGUACAUUGCCUCUCUCGUCCUCUCUCUCUCUCUCUAACCUCUCUCAACCUUUGGUAAUUUCUCCGCAACAACCCAGCACCAAUUAACAUAGACUCGACAUCAUCACUGCCCAUCGAUCACACCGCUUUCGAGAUAAGCAGGAAAGCGCUCCUGAUAAUUACUAACGUCAAUAGAAGUUGGGUCAUGACAUAUACCCUUGUCACUUAAUGCAGGUGUCCUUGCAUCACGAAAUCGGACCAUCUCUUUCCUCGAACAAACCGACCAUAUCGUGUGCGCGAACUUGAAGCUAUACACCCCUAAUCUUAUAUUAUUGCAUUCAAGUUUAUAAUUCACCAUAUCGAUACCGUAGCUUUUUAAAAAUUCUACGUUUCUACCGCUCGUUCCGCUUUAUUCGAAUUGGUGCAUUAAGAGCGAGAAAGAUUCCAAGCGUAUUGAACAGCAAGCUCUUGAUUCCCCCUUGGUCGUGCUGCGAUACAACUCGGACUAAAGGCCGAUCAUGGCAAACCCUUAUCACCAUGAUCGCUUUCAAACAGAUGUAUCCUAUACGCGUUCCUAUUCACAACUGAGAGAUCUGCCGAGUCCCCCUGCAGUCCCCGGAACUAGUGCAGGCUUUACGCCUUCGUCCCAUUCGCCGCUCAACCGCCUUUCGUACCUCCUCAACUCUCAAUACGAACCAACUUCGGAUCUCUAUAACGCCAAUCCUUCCACCCAAAUAUCUAACAACGGCAUAGAUACAGAUAUGAAUAACGGCUACUCAGAUGGGGCUAUACCCUCCCAGGCUCAUGGGCCGCACUUACCAUUGUAUUCGAGGGCCUUCGAGCCGUUUAUGCAUAAUGAAGGGCACAGGAAAGACAUCUCGUUCACGCCAUCAUAUUUAAAUGGGUCGGAUUAUAUGCAAAAACUCCAGGAAGCGCGCAAGGCAAAACAAGCGCAGAAAGAGGCUCAGCGUCAGGCGGGGAGUGGGUUGCCAGCUGGUAUUACGACAACAGGGGCCCUUGCUAAUAAACCAGCGGCCUCUCAUUUGGGAAUGACGUAUGAUUUGAUCGAACGGGCGCCGGCUAUGGAAGAUGAGGUUACGGUGCCGCCUUUACCGACGAAAUGGAAUAAGGACGAUAAGCAAGGUUCCCUAGAGGUUCUAGCGGACGGGCUGGAGGUCAGAUACGCUUCAGGUCGCAAUGCCAGGGAACAGGAACACGAAGCAUGUGCGAUUCGGGCAGACCAUCCGAUGCCCUGGCAAGCAGGUCUUUAUUAUUUUGAGGUUAGCCUUCUAUCUAGGAGACGAGACGAAACCACGGUUUGCAUUGGCUUUUCGGCAAAGAACGUCCCUUUAGCCCGACCACCAGGCUGGGAGCCUGAUUCAUGGGGUUAUCAUGGCGAUGACGGCGAUAUCUAUUCAGGGGAUAAAAUUGGAAAUCCCUACGAAGGAAGAAGCUUCGGGCCACCAGAUACUAUUGGAUGUGGAGUCAACUUCCGAACCCGCGAGGCUUUUUUUACAAAGAAUGGAAGGCAGUUUAAAACUGCAUUUCGAGACAUAAAGGGAGACCUUUAUCCUAUGGUUGGCAUGAAGAGACCAGGGGAACACGUUCGCGUCAACUUUGGUCAGAAGAGUUUCGUGUUCCAAAUCGACGAUCUGGUAAAGAAAGAGCGGGAAGAGAUGAUGAAGGCCAUCAAUAGAACGAGUAUCGAGAGGCUAGUAUCGCCUCCUAGAAGUGAAACAGAGUUAAUUCAGCAACUGGUAUUACAAUUUUUACAGCAUGACGGAUAUGUCGAAACGGCCCGGGCGUUUGCCGAAGAGAUACACGCAGAGAAGCGAGACUUACGAACCGACGAGCGAACUCCUAUACCUGGUGUCAACAUCAAGGACGAUGAAGAUGCGUAUCAUAGGCAACGUAUCCGGAGAGCCAUACUCGAGGGUGACAUCGAGAAAGCUGUCAAGUACACCUAUACUUACUAUCCUGGUGUAUUGGAGGAUAAUUACGAUGUGUAUUUUAAGCUGCGGUGUCGAACUUUCAUCGAAAUGGUGCGAAAAUCGGCCGAGAUGAGCAACUCGAGUACUAAAAAAAGUAACGGGCACCCAUACGACGACACUCCUAACAAGAUGGACGUCGAUGAGAAUGGCUUCUCGGACCAGAUGGAAGAAGAUGGUCUAGAUAAUCAAACAGACCAGGAGGACUGGCUUGUCAAGGCUGUCCAAUAUGGACAAUCAUUACAAGAGGAUUUCAGGGAUGAAUCGAAGCCAGAGAUCACCAAGACGCUCAACGAAGUGUUUUCCCUUCUUGCAUAUCCUAACCCCCUAGAGGUUAAGGAAGUUACGCCUUUACUAGACCGCAAAGGGAGAGUAGCUGUUGCUGAGGAGCUCAACUCAGCAAUUCUCUCGUCCUUAGGAAAGUCAUCGCGGUCGGCGUUGGAGAACCUCUAUGGACAAACAAGCGUUUUGUUGGAUUAUUUGCGCGAAGACGGCGGUCCGGGUUCAUUCAUCACCAUUCAGUCGGUUAUCGACUCAAUACCCCAGCCAUUCUGAUAGGAUGGCCUUAGUUUUUAACUUGGGGCGAUGCGGUACAAUAUACUUCUGCUUCCUGCCGAGACCUUGUUCCCCGAACGAGCAAGGAGUACAAGAUGUAGCGAGAUUUGACCGGUGUUACUUGCUUCUUUUCAGCAACUGGAUCACAGCUCACAUGAUAACUUGAUGAGGCGAGGCUCCAAGCUUUCUUGUGUUGUUUUCACAGUAAAACUUUAGACCUAGCAGUACCAAGCGAUGAUAGAACUAGCCUACCUCACAUCCCGUGGAAACGCAAUAGAAGAGUGUCUAACACAUCUCAAUGUCAAAACAUUUGCCUUGACUGGACAUUUUAUCCUCCCCUAUACCAAGUUUCUCUCCAAGAAGUGCACAUUUAGGAUGUCAAAGGCAGGGUGAUAGCAUUAUUUUCCUUUUCUUCAAGCUGGCUUUUUUUUUCUUUUCCUGAAUUUGUUGCGCAAAUUUGUCCUGUUGCGCCCCUUAGGAUUUCCACAAUAGGUUUCCGGUAGCCAGGUGCAUAUAAAUGGCGGGGCAGAAUCAAAUGGAACACUUCCCUUUCAAGUCUGCUGUUGAAUUAGUAGGCUAUCCUAUCACGGACUAACCGAGUUGAUGGUUAGCUACUGAGGUAGGUUAGAAUACCGAUGUUUUAAUGUACGAAGUAUUGUAGGUCGCCCACGUUUUAUUUAUGGGCGAAUAGACUUCACUAUUAGUAUGCACGAUAGUAAAUCCAGCG